UAAACGAACCAUAAAAGUUGAGCGGGAGUUUUUUACUUUCACUUUAAAUUAAGUAACUGAAAUCAGUGGUCGGAGACCCACGACGGCUCACCGAAUCUGUAACAGUUUGAAACAACCAGCAAAACCGAACGACGUCGCUUCCCACAGCAGCGAAAAGCUCCCUCCUCCUCCUUCUCUCUCGAACUUCAAUGGCGAGAAUCAAACACACCGCCGGAAGAAAAGUCAAGAAAUCUACUCCCGCACAAACUGGAGGAAGCUCUCCGGCCUCACCUGGAAAUCAACCGGCAGCAGAGGAUUAUGUAAUUCAGUUGUUUGAAGAUUCCAACCUCUGUGCAAUUCAUGCAAAGCGAGUCACUCUUAUGAAGAAGGAUUUUGAGUUGGCUCGUCAGAUUGGAGGGAAGGGGAGGAUCUGGUGAGAGCAUGACAACAGUAACCGACUCCAUACUCACUGAUGGUAACAAUGAUAGACGUAUUAUUGCAAUUGUCGGGUUCUAUCAUUCAUCGGUUUGGGAUUCUGAGUGUGAUUUAAGUUAACCUAUAAAGCUAACUGGCAUUGGGCAGAGAGGUUUAUAUCUCUGUUUUGUAUAUAAAUUUUGAUGUUUAUGGUUCUGCAACUAAUACAUUAUAUAAAUAUCAUUGAAUUCGACAUAUAUGAUAAUUUCGGAAGGAUAGUCAGAU